GGGAAGGAAAAUUGUUGUUGUUUAUAAAUAUGGAUAAAUAUUUAAUCAAAAUGCCGACUAAGACGAAUUUAAAUGGAGAUCAAAAACCUGCAGCACUCAAGGGAACUCCAAAAACAAUUGAUAAACAAAAGGAGAAAAACACUCCAACAGAAAAACAGAAACAAGAGGACGAUUACGUGGAGAAGGAGAAUACGCCUAAACUCAGAAACGCCCAAAUCGCCAAGCCUGCCUCUAAGCGCAAGAAUCAAGAUACUCCCACAGAGGUCAAAGACAUAAAGAACGAGGAGGACGGUGAGAAUCCACCUAAGCGGCGAAGUGCUCGACUUACACGCAGCACUCGAUCUAUGGCCGAAGAGGGUACUCCUUCGCCGGAAAAGGAAAAACCAGAAAAAUUGCCUUUUAUUAAGUAUAAAGGAGCCAUCAAAUAUUAUACAGAGAACCAUGAAAUAGCUGCUUCGGCUGAUGAUGUAAUCCAAUGGAUAGACAAACAAACCACACUGGAUGUGGUGCCCAUGGCCUUCGAUAUGGAAUGGCCAUUCUCGUUUCAAACGGGGCCAGGCAAAUCUUCAGUUAUUCAAGUAUGCGUGGAUGAACGAUGUUGUUAUGUUUACCAGCUGAGUAAACUAAAGAAACUGCCCGCAGCUUUAGUGGCUUUACUUAAUCAUCCGAAAGUACGGUUGCAUGGCGUCAAUAUCAAGGCAGAUUUCCGCAAACUUCAACGAGACUUUCCAGAGGUUUCAGCCGAUCCUCUUAUUGAGAAAUGCGUCGAUCUGGGUGUUUGGUGUAAUGAAAUAUGUGAAACUGGAGGUCGUUGGAGUCUGGAACGCUUGGCCAAUUUCAUUGCCAAAAAGGCCAUGGAUAAAAGUAAAAAAGUUCGGAUGAGUAAAUGGCAUGUCAUACCCCUCGAUGAGAAUCAAUUAAUGUAUGCGGCCAUAGAUGUUUAUAUUGGUCAAGUUAUCUACAGAGAUUUGGAGCAGAGGGAAAAGGUUAAAUUACAGAAUGAAGCCAAUUUCAAAGAACAAAAUGGUGAUGCUGCCUUUAAAGCAGUUAAAGCAUUAGGAGAAACAUUUCUUGAUAAGAUCACUCAGGUGACGAUUUAAGCAAAUCAUGUUAGAUGCAUGCAUUUCUCUUGUACUUCAAUAUUUUAUUUUAAUUUUUAUACGUUAACAAACAUUUAUUUGCAAUUAUUUCUGUUAGAUUAUAUGUUAAUUGGCUAUUUUUUUCAUGGCCCCAUUUGCCCAUUGCUAGAUAAAAUUUACACAAUUCCCACUUUUUUUACAUUUCUCAACUUGCAAUAAAUUUUAAUUUUGUAAA